AUGGGUAUCCUAACGCUGGUCGAGGACCGCCCAACCCCCAAGGCCGUCUACAAUUGGCGCGUGUACCUGCUCGCCGGCAUCGCAUCAUGCGGUUCCAACAUGAUCGGCUAUACUAGUGCCUUUAUUGGCACUACCAUCACCCUCCCGUCCUUCAUGGCAGAAUUCGGUCUUGACAAGAUGACCGACCCGGAGGUAAGGUUGAUCAGUGAGAAUAUCGUGUCGCUAUUUAUUGCCGGAGCCUUUUUCGGUGCCUUGUUCACUUAUGCUCUGGGCCAUUUCUGGGGCCGCAAAUGGAGUUUGGUCGUGGCCGCUGCUAUUUUCACUCUGGGAUCGGGCCUGCAAGUAGGUGCCAACCACUCCCGCGGACUAGGCAUUUUGUACGCCGGUCGUGUGUUGUCUGGACUGGGCACGGGUGUGGCCUCGAAUAUCAUCCCCAUUUAUCUUUCUGAGCUGGCGCCUCCGGCUAUUCGAGGACGGCUGGUAGGUCUUUAUGAGCUGGGCUGGCAGAUUGGUGGUUUACUCGGUUUCUGGAUCAACUUCGGCGUUGAGCAACACAUGGGUUCCACUCACCAGCAGUGGGUCAUUCCAUUUGCAAUCCAGAUCGUUCCAUCGGGCCUGCUUUUCAUUGGAGCCAUGUGGAUGAAGGAAUCUCCUCGCUGGCUCUUCUUGAACGGGCACCGAAAGAAGGCAAUGGAGAACCUGUGCUGGAUUCGUCAGCUGGAAGCAUCUGAUAUAUACAUCACCGAGGAGGUGACGGCCAUUGACCAGGCCCUCGAAUACCAGAGGUCGACCAUCGGCAUUGGAUUCUGGAAACCCUUUAAGGCACUCGGCACCCGCAAGAAUAUCAUGUGGCGUCUCUUUUUGGGAUGCAUGCUGUUCUUCUGGCAGAACGGAUCGGGCAUCAACGCCAUCAACUACUACUCGCCUACUAUCUUCAAGUCGAUUGGGGUCGCCGACGGCACAGUGAACCUGACGACCGGUAUUUUUGGUGUCGUCAAGGCCUUCAUGACCUUUGUGUGGUUGCUGUUCCUGGUCGACCAACUGGGACGACGGAACCUGCUUCUUGGUGGUGCAGUCACUGGAUCCAUCUGUAUGUGGAUUAUUGGCGCAUACAUCUGUGCUGUCAGGCCCGAUGAGCAUCCCUCCAAGACCUUGAACAGUGGAGGAAUUGCUGCUAUCUUCUUCUUUUACCUGUGGACUGCCGUCUACACGCCCACUUGGAACGGUACCCCGUGGGUUAUCAACUCGGAAUUCUUCGACCCCAACUUCCGUUCCCUGGCGCAAGCCGCCACUACUGCCAGCAACUGGCUUUUCAACUUCCUCAUCUCCCGAUUCACGGAGCAGAUGUUCGCAACCAUGAACUACGGCGUGUACUUCUUCUUCGCCGCCCUGUCCUUCCUGGCCUUUUUCUUUGCCUUCUUUCUCAUCCCCGAGACCAGCGGUAUCCCGCUGGAGAAGGUUGACCGGCUGUUCGAGUGCAAGCCUGUGUGGCGGGCGAACAAGAUCCUCAAGGAACAGCUGAAGGGCGAGGAGGAGCAGUUCCGGUUUGAUGUGAAGGAUGGUACUAUCCAUCAGGAGAAUGGCGAGGAGCUUGAGCAAAGAUGA